AUGUCUCGCGUCGCCGCUUUUUCAGGUAUCAGCGUGUCUGUCGGCGGCCGAUCCCAUCAGGACCAGCACCGGGAAGUCAGUAUGGCAGUAUACCUCGUCAAUGUACCAGGGCGCCAUUUGGUGGAGGUAUAUACCGCAGCCAUGUUGGGUCCCCAUGUUGAUUUUGUGCGUCACAACCCGCGUCAAGGUGCUGUCAUUAAUCAAGCCUGUCCCAGAACGGAAGGAACCCGGCUGUCAGGAACAGGCGUGCCGGAGAAGGUGCAGCAGCAGCAGCAGCAAGCCACAACUUUCGACAAUCCAACCUCAGCUCACGACUUCCACCUAGAGGUACAGUUGAUAUUGUAUGGCUUGCCCCAAUCGUCCGACAAUUCAUGGUGUUGGUCUGGAGCCAGUCAUCUGCCCCAAAAUGAGAUGCUAGCUUCCAGCCAAGUGGAAUUCUCCAUGUUCUCCACCCCAAACCUUGUGUUGCUCAUUUAA